GCAGAUAAUAAGCCCAACAAAGAUGCCUUUAUCGCCUAUCAGAGAGUCAUCCACAGCUCCUAGCGUCAUAGAAACAGAUGAAUACGAAAAUCUGGACAUCGAUGAUCUCUUUGCAGAGCUGCAAAAGUCUCAUCCAAAGAGUGUAGUGAAUGAUAAAGAAGAGGACGAGUUUACACAGAUUAAGAAGUCCAUUGCAAAGCUGCCCAAGAUACAGGAUACAUCUUCUUUGUCUAAGGAGGAAAAUGCACACAAAGCUCGGAAGAACGAUGGUAUAAUCAACAUUAAUGACCCGAUAAUGCAUACCAAGAAGAAGGCAUCCGAACAGCCCUCAACUUCAGGUUCCAAGUGGUUUGAUAUGCCAAAGGGCGAGCUGACAGACUCUGUGAAGAGAGACCUCAAGAUCAUCCAGAUGAGAGCUGCACUGGACCCAAAGAGACACUACAAGAAGGAUAAAUGGCAAGUACCAGAGUUUUUCCAGAUUGGUACGAUAGUGGAAGGAAAUACAGAGUUCUACUCUGCAAGACUCAAAAACAGAGAUCGCCACUCCACGAUAUUGGAGAGUGUUAUGUACGACGACGAUACGAAGAAAUACUUCAAGAGAAAAUACGACGAGAUUCAAGUCAAGAAGACCUCUGGUAAAAAGGCACACUACAAGAAGAACAAAGAGGCAAGAAGGAAGUUUUAAUCCUCCACAGACCAAGUCACUUCCACCAGAAACUUAUACACAGCCAUCUUUCCGAGAUCUUGCAUUGUAGUUUCCACCAUAGCACACCCGUUCAGCUCCAUAGUCGAAUGAAACCCAUAGAUUUGCCCUAUAUAAGAAGAAUCGAAAUUUUACCUGUUGUCGUGA